CUCCUCCCCCGUGGUUGCCGGGCAACUCCCCGACGCGUUCCACCUUCGCAGCGUGGAAGUCAGAAGCCCAGGAACGCGGUUUCUCAGUCCCGCCUCUAAUCAUGGCUUCACUUCGUACUGCCACCCCCAGGCUGAAGAGCUACUUCAGGGACAACUACAUCCCUCAGAUAUGUGAGGCGCUGUUAUGUGGUUUGCUUGUGACCUGUCCCGAGGACCCAUUGAAAUAUUUAGAGCAAAUGAUCAAAAUUAUCAUUAACAAUGGUCUGGAAAACCUUCUUUGGGAUAUGUGCAUUGAUCCAUCACUGAAACCAAAAAUCCGAAGACUGUCUGAAACUUACUUGGAACAACUCUUUGGACUCGAUGAACAGCUGGUGACUCCAGAGUUGAUGCUAAAAGCAUGCACAUUUUACACUGGACGUUUAGUAAAGAGCCAUUUUGGUGGUUGGAAAGAAGUCACCAUACCUCGUGCAAAUCAAGAGGCUAUCUUGGCUGAAAAAAUGGGGAGAGCAAUAGCACAUGAUAAUCGUAGAUGUCAAAAAUUAGCUUUCAUUCGCUGGUUCACUUAUGUGGAAAACAGUAAAGAAAAGAUUAUGGCUUCACUGCUCCGGUUGCGACAGAUGUAUUAUCUCCACAGGCAAAGGAUCGUCCUAACGAAAUGGAGGGAGAUCGCCAGACAGAAGAGUAAAAGAAGAGAAGAUGAAUUGAUUUUGAAACAUGAACUUCAGUUGAAAAGAUGGAAGUUCAAGUUAAAAUCCAAAGUAGCUGAGGAAAAACACUUUAGCAUGGAGCUAAGUUUCUCUGACGAUGCUACGUUGGAUAUGGAAUUUGACAUUACAGCAUUACCUCAACAAGCAAUCUUGCAGAUUUUCUUGUACCUCACUUUAAAAGAUAUGAUCAUGUGUAGUCAAGUCUGCCGCUCCUGGAUGGCGAUGAUACAGCAAGGCUCCCUGUGGAAUGCUAUUGAUUUUUCCACUGCAAAAGACAUUACAGAUAAACGUGUCGUGAGUACUUUACAAAAGUGGCGUCUAACUGUGCUGCGUUUGAACUUCCGAGGCUGUCUCUUCCGAACAAAAACCUUGAGAGCUGUCAGCCACUGUAAAAACUUGCAGGAGUUGAACGUCUCCGACUGCCCAUCUCUUACAGAUGAAUCGAUGAGACACAUUUCCGAGGGCUGCCCUGGGGUCCUGUACCUCAACCUAGCCAACACAACUAUCACCAACAGGACUAUGCGACUCCUGCCCAGGUACUUCCACAACCUACAGAAUCUGAGUCUGGCUUACUGCCGAAAGUUCACCGACAAAGGUUUACAGUACCUGAACUUGGGGAAUGGAUGCCACAAGCUCAUCUAUCUGGACCUUUCCGGCUGCACCCAGAUCUCAGUCCAAGGCUUCAGGAACAUCGCAAACAGCUGCACAGGAAUCAUGCACCUGACCAUCAAUGACAUGCCAACCCUGACGGACAACUGUGUAAAAGUUUUGGUUGCGAAGUGUCCCCGUAUUUCAUCGGUGGUUUUUAUUGGCUCGCCGCACAUCUCUGACUGUGCUUUCAAAGCCCUUUCGUCCUGUAACCUCAAAAAGAUCCGAUUCGAAGGAAACAAAAGGAUUUCUGAUGCGUGCUUUAAAUACGUUGACAAGAAUUAUCCCAAUAUGAGUCAUAUUUACAUGGUGGACUGCAAGGCACUAACAGACUGCAGCCUCAAGUCACUUUCACUUUUGAAGCAAUUGGCCGUGUUGAACUUGACAAAUUGUGUAAGGAUUAGUGAUUUUGGCCUGAAGCAGUUUCUUGAUGGUCCUGCGAGUCUGAGGUUAAGAGAACUCAAUCUGACGAACUGCUCUCUCCUGGGUGACACCUCCAUCAUAAGAAUGUCAGAGCGUUGCCCUAAUUUACACUACUUGAAUUUACGAAACUGUGAACAUUUGACGGACCUGGCAAUUGAAUACAUGGCAAACAUGUUAUCCUUAAUAUCAGUAGAUCUUUCUGGAACAUUCGUCUCAAAUGAGAGCAUGGUGAUACUUUCUAGACACAGAAAACUGAGGGAGCUGUCUCUGUCCGAGUGUCCCAAGAUCACCGACCUUGGGAUUCGGAUAUACUGUAAAACCUCACUGAACUUGGAACACUUGGACGUCUCCUACUGCCCCCAGCUGACAGAUGAUGUUAUAAAGACAGUGGCCAUUUUCUGCACUCGAAUCACGUCUCUCAACAUCGCAGGAUGCCCAAAGAUUACUGAUGGAGGGCUGGAGAUCUUAUCUGCAAAGUGCCAUUAUCUGCACAUUUUGGAUAUCUCUGGCUGUAUUCUACUUACAGACCAGGUCCUUCAGGACCUUUCCUUGGGCUGCAAACAACUCCGGAUCCUCAAGAUGCGAUUCUGCAGGUCCAUCUCUGGGGUGGCCGCUGAGAAAAUGUCCUUUCAGGUCCAGUAUCAGGAAUACAGCUCUGAAAACCCUCCAGCGUGGUUUGGCUAUGACUCGGAAGGCAAUCCUCUUGCACAGACUCAUAGCAGAACGCAUAUUAGGGGUCACUCAGAACUGCUAGCCAAAGAGUCAUUCAGCAGUGAUGAGGAGAGUUCAGACUCCAAAUCCAAAUAGAAAACAGAACAUCUAGAACUGACAACUUUUCUUCAUUUGGUGUAAAUAUUGUUACUAGUUCUCAAUAACAAUGCAAAAGAGUAGCACACCUCUGUUUUUUAUUUCAACUGCAAAUGUCAUGUUCAAGGUUGUAAAGGUAACCUGCUCAAGUCACCUUUAAAG